AUGCUUAGCAGAUUUUCUGAUGUACUGCAGACCGCUGCGGAUGUAUUAGCUCCGCCAGCCACAAGAUAUGAAGACUUUGAAUAUCAUUGGAAGAUGAUUGUGAAUUUCUAUCAAAAUUAUGACGAGACCUGUAAAGUCCACAUUGAAGAUACAAGGGUACCACAUCAUUUGCACCAAAUGUUUCAGCUAAUAGUUGAUGAAGAAAAGGAACAGCAAGGUGGCACAGUAGGACCCUGUUUAGAAGCCGUAGUACAAAGAUCUAUUGGAGUGUUAGAUGCUCUUGCAGUUCUUGCAGUCUCUGAUCGACCACCAGGAGCUAGAGCUAUGGCGUUAACAUUGGCUACCACAUUACUCAGACGGACCCAAAGACCAUGUAUCAACAGUGUGCAUGUUUAUAGGCCUUUACAGAGAAUGCUAGUUCAAUGCAAUGAAUGUGCAGCAUCACCAACAGAAAAAGAGGAAGUAGAACUUCUCCUUACAAUUUGUGGUCUUGUAAGAAAAGAGUCAGGUCUUGCCAAUAUAUUUACUACACCGUUUAUUGAGGAUAGAGUGAGUUUAAUGUCGGUACCAGAAGAUAUACAGCAUUUAAUACCUAUCAAAAGAAAAGUAAAUACUCCAAAGAAAAAUCCUUUAUUUGAUGUUGAUAUGACACCCCCAUUAAGAAGUGUUGCGAUUGUAAGAAAGGAAGAUAUGACAUCAAAUAGCUUUGUGGCUGAUGAUAAUGCAUCGUUGAAAAGUCAAAAAACCGUGUAUGAUGAUAAUGACAAGUUUCUAUUAAUUGACCUACUACUGUCAUAUUUAAAUAGCGCGGAUAACCAAGUAGUUCUUCGCUCUUGCGAAGGUAUAAUGAUAGUCUCUUCCCUCCCUGAAGAUGACAUAGCAAACUUGGUGACCAGUUGCAGCCCAUGUUGUGAGACAAUUGUCGACAAACUGUGCAGUAAAUAUAGAGCUAUACCAAACGAUGUUGAUCCAAAUGACGUCGACCAUCUAAAUAUUACCUGGGCAUAUGUAGCGCAAGAUUUUGGUGACAAGAGUUAUAACAAGUUCCAUGGAUACAGGGAGUUGACAAGCUUUUUCUCGUGGUUAGACUACUGUGAUACAUUAAUGAAGGAAUGUCAUCCCACCAUUGCUUCCCACUUAGCGCGGACGUUUCGCUCAAAUUUCCUAGAAGGAGUAGAAAGUUGGCUACUACCGGAGAACACCAGUUCAUCGUUUAUGCAUCACGCUGUACUAACAACUGCGUUGUUAGCCAAGUGCUUGCGGAUGAUUGACUCGUCAGAUCUCAUUAAUGAGUUCUCGAAUUGGCUGGUAGGUGACGGCGAAGUAUCGGAAUGGCCUUUGUUGCUGGCGCUGAUCAACAACUGCUUAACUGAAGACUACGACCUCACAUUGGAGACGCUGCGGUUUUUCGAGACAAUAAUAGAGCGGGGAACGGAGCACAGCAUGGAUCGGAUAGUUGUGUCGCGGGUGGUGUCCCGGGGAUAUUUCUCGCCCCCAGUGCCCGGAAGAGUGGACAACGCGGAGCGAGACAGGCUUAACGACCUCUCCUUUGGUCGGGAGCGAGAUUGGAAUAGGGAAGCGAUGAAGCAGCUGGAACACGAGGACGCCAUCAACGAGCAGAUACACGAUAUCCUCUCGCACGAGGGUCUGGACAGCAAGGAGCAAGGGGAAAACGUCGAGAAUAUUCAUCGGGUCAUCAAUAGACGCCUCUUGCGACUCAAGUCACGAAUCGAGGACAUUAUGGAGCUAGAGAAUUCAAAGAUGCCAUCUAAUUAUUUCCUGUUGGUGUUGCCCCGCGCGCUGUUGUCUGACCCAGUAGGAGCAGAUUACGAGCACUAUAUCCAUGAUGCACAACGUCAUUACCAGCUGUGGCUAGACAUAACAGCCUCUUACCACUGGCCGACCGAGCCAAAUUGGAUGGAAAAUACAGCCAGCUCGACCCAUAGCUACGACAGCCGACCCGAAGCUGACAUCCAUCUAGAAGUCUUCGACACCCUACAUAUAGACACAAAGAAUAAGACAAAACAGGAAACAAACGAACGUACAUCUCGAAACUCCAUAGAUGACCCACUCACCAUACAGCAAACAGAAAAUAAAUCGGAAAGUUGCAAUACAGAUAAUAGUGAGAAAACGCGUAAGUUUUCACAAACUCUGGUGAUGCGUUCGGGCGAUUCUCAAACCUACAUCGAAGACGAGUUCGACGAGGGCCCGUUCCUGAAGAUGAUCUUUAAGCUGCUAGCGAGAAUGCCAGAUCAGCCGUACCAAGUCAAUUUGCAUUUAACGUCGAUUAUUUCCAAGCUAGCUUUGCUACCGCAUCCGAACUUACACGAAUUUCUCUUAAACCCCACUCUGCCGACGGCCAAAAAUACGCGGACGUUGCACAAGACGCUGCAAGAAAUCGCUAGAAGAUUAACGUUGGAGAUUCCCAGGCUGAAGAAUUAUAAGAAAGUGAUUGAGCAAACCAGGCAACAGCUUAUGAGCGAAGAUCCAAGUUACGAUGAAAGCACUGACCACAACCAGCUUGUGGAGAGUCUGAUCGUAUUGGAAGAGUUUUGCAAGGAGCUGGCUGCCAUCGCAUUUGUCAAGUACCAACACCUUAUUCACAUGCACAGAUAA